GCACUAGGACCUGGCGGAACGCAGGCACCCUAGUCCUAGAUUCCAAGCUGGCUUGCUUUGGUGACGUAAGCCAGAAGCCCUGUCUCUCUCUCUCUCUCUCUCUCCCUCUCUCUCUCUCUCUUUUUUUCUCUCUCUCUCUCUCUCUGUGUGAGUGUGUGUGUGUCUCUCUUUCUCUUCCCCCCUCCCCUCCCUUUCCAAGCUCUCUAACAUUUAAGCGAAAAUGCUUCUUUCUGUGCCUCCUCGUGCAGGAAUUGCCACUUUUGGCUACAACAAGAGCAACAAGAAGGAAUGGGCCUGAUGCGAAGAUUAUAGUUCACAACAACCCCGAGAUAACAAUCCAUUGUUAUAGUUUGGGGGACUAUGUUUGGACAGAGCAAACAUAUACCUUAUGUCUCAGUGGCCCAGCAGAUGGCACCUCCAAGCCCCAGUGGCAGCUGCAACAACAAUAGUAGCAGCAGCAGCAGCAGCGGGCCAGGUGGUGGCGGAGGUGGCGGGGACCAGCUGAGCAAAACAAACUUGUACAUCCGGGGCCUGCAUCCUGGUACCACUGAUCAGGAUCUCGUCAAGCUCUGCCAACCAUACGGCAAAAUUGUCUCCACCAAGGCCAUCCUGGAUAAAACAACCAAUAAAUGCAAAGGAUAUGGCUUCGUGGAUUUUGACAGCCCCACAGCAGCUCAGAAAGCCGUGACCGCACUCAAGGCCAGUGGGGUUCAAGCCCAGAUGGCCAAGCAACAGGAGCAGGAUCCUACCAACCUCUACCUGUCAAACUUGCCUUUGGGCAUGGAUGAGGCUGAAUUGGAGUCGAUGCUGAAACCAUUCGGACAAGUCAUCUCUACACGUAUUCUACGUGAUGCCAGCGGCACCAGCCGAGGAGUUGGCUUUGCCAGGAUGGAGUCUACAGAAAAGUGUGAAGCUAUCAUCACCCACUUCAAUGGCAAAUAUAUCAAGACACCUCCUGGGGUCCCAGCUCCUCCAGAUCCACUGCUUUGCAAGUUUGCUGAUGGUGGCCAGAAGAAGCGCCAGAAUCAGGGCAAAUACGUGCAAAAUGGACGAGCCUGGCCAAGGGAAAGUGAUACGGGUGGGAUGACCUUGACUUAUGACCCUACAACAGCGUUACAAAACGGGUUCUAUACAACGCCCUACAGCCUGGCCCCGAACAGGAUGAUUGCCCAGACUGCGCUCUCCCCUUAUCUCCCAUCACCUGUUUCCUCUUACCAGGUCCACAGUCCAUCUUGGAUGCACCAUCAGUCAUACCUCAUGCAGCCCACGCAGGGGACGGUGCUCACACCUGCCAUGGACCACGCCAUUUCCAUCCAGCCCACUUCCAUGAUGGGGCCUCUCACCCAACAGCUGGGCCAUCUGUCCCUCAGCAGUGCUGGCACAUAUAUGCCAGCGGCAGCAGCUAUGCAAGGAGCCUAUAUUCCCCAGUAUACACCGGUGCCUUCCUCUAGUGUCGCAGUUGAGGAGAACAGUGGCCAGCAGAGCCACGUGACAGUGGAGUCUCCAUCGGAUCAUGCUGCCUACUCGUAUCAGUACAACAAGUAACAACAGUGCCACCGAGCAGCUCAACUCUGAGCAAUCACUUCGAGGGAGACAACGUGGUUUUUUUUUUUUUUGGUUAAAAUUUUGUGCUGCGUUUAGAAGAUGUCGGAACCAUUUUUGUUUCUUUUUUUCUUCUUUUUCUUUUUGGCAAAGAAAAAGGUUGUUUUGUUUUUUUAAAAAAGGAAAUAACCGCAAUAGACUUUUGUCACCGAGGAACCAAAGGAGGUUAGAAUGGGGGUACAAAAAAAAAAUAAUACCCCCAACCCUUAGAUGUACAGAUGGACUAAGGACUAUUUUAAUACGAGAACAUUUGUGCGUGUAUGUUUGCGCGUGUGUGUGCGUGUGCGUGCGUGCGUGUUUAUUUUCUUGAUAACAGCAAAGUCAAACGCUUUGGAUGCCCCAGAAUUCCCCAGAGAAGAAAAUGAAUUUUUUUCCCCUUCUUUUGGAAAGCUGGUUCGGUACCUCUGUGGGAGGAAGGUUUUUUUGCUCCUUUGAAUUCAUUUUGUUUUCUUUGGUCAUGUAAAAGAUUUUUUAAAGGACAAAUAUGCAAAAGUGUUUGAAUAUUUUUUUUGUUGUUGUUUUAUAAGGAAAAAAAUGCUCUGAAAAGCCCCACCUCACAGCUGUAGGAUAAAAAAUCAGUGCGGAAUUCUUUUUUUUUUCUUCUUUUUCUUCUUCUUCCUUGGGGUGGGAGCGGGGAGGGAAUUUUGCUUUGAAAGGAUUAUUUUAUUAUUUCAAGAGGGUAUUUUUUUUCUAAAAAAGACAAAUUUACAAAAAAAUAAAAAAGAGGAAAUUUACAAAAAAAAAAUUCAGAAAAAAAAGGAAAUCUUAAAAAAAAAGUUGAACUUUGGCGGCAGCAAGAGGGGUCUGCUUAAUGCUUGUCAUGUUGGAAUGAAAUGAUGCGGCUGGAGGCAUCGGAUGAACUUAAUCCUGGUUUUUUUUUUUUUUUUUUUUUUGGCAUAAAUUUUGCCUCAGCUGAGAGAGAGAGAAAAACAGAGUUUGCGCCAGACCUCAAUUUCUGCCCUCUGUCCAAUUGGACUGUUUUUUGCUGGAUGUUUUGGACUCUGAUUUGAGCUUCUGUGCAGACCUGUCUUUGCUUCCAUGGGGAGGCUUCCCCCCUUCGCCUACCCCGUCCUGCCCUGGACCAGGGGAACAAUAAACGGACUAAGGAAUCUGCCGCCAGUGAUGCGUCGUCACCUCUGGACUCUCGGACGUUGAAUGGACACGUUGCCAGCAGCAGUGCUUCGCCCCGUCCCCAUCCCCGGGAUACACAAACACACACACAUUCUUACACGCACACACACACAGACACACACACACACACACACACAGUGCCUUCUGCUGCCUGCGGUCCGGACUGUGCUGCCGUAAGCCCCCCCCCUCCCGCCCCCCAGUUCCUGCAUGCCUGCCAAGCCCAGGUCCACAAUGCAUCCGUUUUCUCUCGACCAACUCAGCUGGGAACAGGUGCUUCUCCUUCCGACUGGUGGGGACUGCAGGAAGCCCGUCCCGAUUGCCGUGAACCAAGCAACCAAGGAGCAUCGAGCACCUUGCAGGGGAUGUCCCAGCUCCCCGCUGUCUGUCUCCCCUCCCACUUCCCCUCCGGAGACCCUAGUUACUAUGCACGUUAUCCCUCCCUCCCCCAGCCCUUGAUUGCUGGCUGCGCCCUGAGAUUUGCAAUAGGAGGAGACUAUGUGCAAUAAUUCAGCCUUUCCUACCUUGUGUUUCCCUGCAGAGCCUCCUGAAGUGCUUUAGACACCUCUGCAUGUUCCCUUCCCCUCUCCCCCCCCCCCCCAACCAGAUGGUGCUAAAAGUCAUCCUCUCUUCCACCAUAAAGUCACCCCCAGCCCAGCCCAGCUGGCCCAUGUAGCUGACCCUUCCAUCCUGUUGUUCCGAUGACGACGUUUGCUUUUCCCACCGUGGGCUGUGAUCACCUUGUCCCCCUUUCCUCUCCUCCCCCAUCCUCCCUGCUGGCCCCUUCCUUUGAAGAAAUGGCUCUUAUGCAGCUGACAAUCAGGAAGGAGCAAUGGCGGAGGCCAUACGGGUGUCACGUGAGUCUAGGAAAGCGAGAGUAUGUGUGCAUGUGGUCCCUAUCUGUCUUGGUUUGUGUGCGUACCAUCCAUGUCUUUUGAGGGAGUGGAGACAGAUCUGUGGGUAGGGGUGACGUUGGAGGAGGUGGCAUAAAUAUAUCGAGUGUCAUUUGGAUUUGUGCGUUGCUCAGGAUCCUUUUGUCGUCUUGACCAUUUUGAAAGCAUGGUCCUGACCCAGCAAGGGCAGGUUGACUUCCUGUUGGAGAUUUGAGGAGGGCUAAGUUCGUUGAGUAUCCUCAUAAUCCUUCAGCUAGACUAGUUUAGAUACCUUCCCGCAUUGCUCGUGACGAGGGAUGACCCACAGACACGACCGUGAUGCCACCCAGAAUAGAGAGACAAGACCGACAAUGCAGGAGCCCAGUGGAUCCAAAGGCUGGCUACGUUUGGUGCCCCUUUCUCUAGCCUGGCCAGACCCUCCUGGUUGGCCUAACCACCACCCCCUCCCCCUAAUGCUGAGAGAAACUGAAGUGCCUUUUUUGGGGCAUGCAAGCUUGCCUUCAUCUUUAUGUUAUGUGAUCUUCAAUGGGCCGUUAUCCGUGGCCAAAUGGAGUUUUGCAGGGUCGGGUCCCAAAAUGGGUUGGGGUGGCUAGUUAGAGAAACAAUUAAAAAAAAACAAAAAACCAGUAACUGAGAUUCUGGUUCCAACUAACUCAGACUAUAUGGGGGGUAAAGGCAAAGGAGCACACAGUCUCUGCAGGACUAGUAAAAGAACUUCCCAGCUAGGUUGGGGGUUGAUACCUACCCCCCUUCCCUCUCAUUAUUUGCCUGCAGAGCUCACAGGCCAAACUACAGGGAAACUUUGAAACCCCUCGCAUCUGCACCCAGAGUAAAUGCACGCUAUAAAAGGAUUCUACUUGAGAAAUUGGUUCCAGGUUUGCUCCAAAUAUGGGCUGCAACCUCCGACUACAUCGGGGUACACCUGGUCCUUAACAGGCCACUCUCCUGCCUCCCUCCCCCCAGCUUUUUUCUUUUUAGCAGCUUUUAGAAAGGUUAUAGCAGAUACCCUCGGUACCCUGAGUUUUCUCUUUAAUCCCCAGGACUCUUUCUUAUGCAUUCCAGGUGGGUUAAAGCACAGCUCCACAUCUGGAAGACACCAAGUUGAGGAAAGGUGUCCUAUGAAAUUUUCUUGGGAGUGGGUGAGAUCUGUAGAAAGGCACACACUCCCCCUCUUGUUUUGAUAGGAUUCGUGCUGCCAAAUUUCUUGCUAGGUUAGGAUUCUUAGCUGCUUGUCCAAAUCAAGAUCUUGCUAAAAUAAUUAACAGUGGGUGGUUAGUAAAACCCAUGUUUUUUUUUUAAAAAAAGAGGGUGAUGUCCACAGAAUCUCCUGAUCCUUAAAUUUGAUUCCUACAAAUUGAUAUGUUUACAAUUAUGAUUCUUCUGGCUUGUGUUAAUAGACUUAACUUCAGUCACCUCCAAGCACUCCUUCCCCCUCCCUAUUUUAGAUUGGAGUGGGAAAUAUGCUAGAUAUUUAGGCAUUUGAUGAUGGCAACUAAGGAUCUCAUGGGUUUAUUCAACUCCUAGAUUAAAAUUUAGUCUGCGCUUGUAGGGCCUUUAGAAUGAGGCCAUUUUUAAAUGUAGCAGUAAUCAAAGAAAGUAAAAUUAAAAACUCCCUUUUGUUAGACUCUAACUCGGAAACCUGUUAGAAAAUAAACACCAAGGAUUAGGCUUGACUACGUUAUGUUGCCUUUAGUGUAAACUUGAAGCAGGUAAUGAAAACAUGAGUUAGCUUUCCAGCCCUGUCAUAGCUUUGGCAUUCAGGUGUAAUCAUUAAAAUCAGGGUCUCCGUUUUCUUAAACAGUAGGAACAGCAUUGAAAUUAACUAAAUUAUUUAUUAAAAUCAUUAAAAAUCAUUGAUUAAUUUAAUAAAGUAAAUAAAAUUAGUAAAUCCUGAUAUCAGGACUUUAAAACAGAUAAAUGCCAAACCUUUGACUUGGUUGGGCAUUGUCUUCAAGCUGUAAAACAGAGCAGCAAACUAUGGGGAUUUGAACCCAAGCUAAUUUGGGAGAUCAAAGAAGUUGUAGUUAACUAGCUACCAAGUUUAUUUUACUGCUUAUAUGAAAUGAGGAGUAUCCUAGCUUCCUAAACUUUAUCUCCAGCACUCAGUUUAAAAAAAAAAAAAGCAAAGAAAUCCAGGAUACAACUCUGUAAAAUUUAGUUACGGUUAAGAGAGCAGUCCUUACCAAGAAGGAAAUCCCCAUAAAUUCAGGAAAUUAACUUUUAAGUAAAUGUGCACAUUCCUGUGUUUUGUAGCCGUAGUGAAACCUCAAACACCCAUAUGGUCAGUGAGUGGGGAAAUGUUCAGGGUGAAUGGGGGAUGUGGAUUUGUAGACCCGCCCCCAAUAUUUCUCUCCCAUCUCUAGUGCAAUGCUAAUCUGACCCUCAUUGAACUGCUGGGAUGCUUAUCCAUGCACCGAAAUGUAUGUCUGCAUCGAAAGCCCCCAACGGCUCUGUAAAAACCAAGUGCCAGAUCAAGAGUUGCUUUGGAAACAGAGUUCCUUCUUGCAGCGUACCUGCCUGCCCAGAUUGCUUUUCUGAGCUGUGCAUUUGGUUUUGGGCUGCCGUUAGAUACCUAGCAUAUCCUAAGCCAAGUUCCCACCCACAAAGAACAUGAAACUUUCCUCUGUGUUGGCUGUCCUUUUGACAGCAUUUGUCCCAGUCCGGGGUAUAUGAUCUGCUUAUUAAAAAAAAAUCACGUAGUCCUCUCUUCUUUAUGAUGAUGCUUAAUGGAUCCAUAAAUGUUUGUGGCAAAGAGCUAAAUACAUGUUUGCCAGCAAGGAGGCAACCCACUCGUGGUCUAGUCUAGAUGCAUCCCACUCAUAUAAUCUUGAACCCAUAAGACAGGAUCACAGCACACCCACUUGUCCAAACCGCAGUGUUCAUUUCUAAAUGAAGACAAAAGGCCUCAAAGCUCCCUGCCUUAUCAUCCUCCUUUUUUCCCCCUGAUCUCUGAAAGCUGGUUCUUCUGAAGUGUUGAUGGAUCUUCCUCUUUUAGAACCAGAGAUUGGGGCUGGCUCACUGAUAGUCAUCUUGGAUGUGGAAUAGGUGAUAGCAUUUGGCAGAGCCAAAGUCCAGGCUAUCGGAUGGGGGAAAUUACAGGGAGCAGUGUUUCAAACCCAGUUCUGCUAAGCAGCCUUCGAGGAUGGAAGAGGAGGGUGCUGGACUACGAAUAGAAGCAGACUCUGCAUGGUCUACCAAAUGCGACUCCCUAGGAAUCUUAAGUGAUCACACAGCAUAUUAGAAACAAAAGCAGACCUGAAUCUACAGUAGAAUUGCCACCCAGGAAUCGCCAUCCAAAGGCAUUUGAGACUCUUGUGACAAUGGUAAAAGAGCGGUUGAGACAGAGUAGUGGGGGCCGGUGUGUGGUGUGCAUGCCAAGGCAGAGAUUGCUAAGAGUUUAGAAAAGAGGACAGCUGUAGAUCAAAAAUGUAUUGGAGGAAGUCAGCUAUGUGUAAGAUUGAAGAAGAUCAAAGCUAGAGAUGGAUGGAUGCAAGAGUGAAUGUAAGCUGAUAGAAGAGAAAUAACACGCGCAGACAGGGAUACAAUCUUUUCCACGCAUUUUGCCCUUGCCAAGAUUCCUUUUAAGCCUCAGCUCUAUUCUCAUUUCUCUUCCUGGACCACUGCCUCACAACCCUCUCACCCAAGGUAGACGUUAGGUUUGUGCAACACUCUGGAUCUGGAUCCAAGAAGGUCCUUUGGAAUGCAAGAGUGCAGAGACAUAGCAUGUCUCUCUGCGACUCUUUAAAGCGGCUGGGUUUUUAUCUAGGAACCCAUGGCAGCUGAAGAGGGCAAGUGUGUUACCCCAGGCAAAGAUGCAGGGAGUUAAAAGAGUUGCGGACAUGCUAUUUGCACACUCGAGAUGCUCCUGUGCAAUCUUACUUAGAGAUGUGCUUUGGGGCAGUAACUUUUUAUUAUUUUAAGUUUAUUCCAUCGUAUCCAUUCGGAAGAGAAGCAUAGUGGGUGAUGAAGAAAAUGCUAAGCUCUUCUUUCAUCCUCAGUAAGCUGCAGAGGGCACUUUCUGCUUCCAGCCCCAUCUCACGGUGUCCCGCUGAAAGCUUACAGGAAGGCUCCAGCUUCCUGGCAGACUGCAAGUCAAGUCCACAGCUAUAACCCACCUGCGGGAUGGGAAGAUCACUGUUACGAUGCUUUACCAUAUAUAACCAUCCCUUGCUUAAACCAUGAUAUGGAAGCCUGCAUGCUUUGUGCAGGGACCAAACACAAGCAGCUGGGACCUUUGGAGCCCACACCUCUGAGCUGCUGGUUUUUUUUUAUCUUGUGCCUUGAUUUCCCCUGUCCCAUUCUGACAGCAGGGGGAACCAGUCCCUGCACUUUAUAAAUGCCCAGUCCUAGUUCAGCCUUUCUCCGUGUCAGUUUUCAAAAAGCAAGGAUGCCGUAGUCUUGUCCUUCCUUUCUACCUGGCUGCUGCUCCUUAUUCCAGCUCCCCACCCCCACCCCAACCAGCCUUCACUCCAUCUUUCCACCCACCACACUGGAGGAGAAUGCAGCAGGCUGCCUCCAAGAGCGAUUAGACGAGCCUCUUGUGUCCAUUUCCAAUGCGGAUAGUUUAGAAAGCAAGCACCAUCACCCCUGAAUUCUUUAGCUGUACCAUGCUGGCGUUGAACUCUACACUCCUUGGAAGUUGGGGGUGUAUGGGGGUGGGGUGGGGUGGGAGUGGAGAGAGAGAGGAAACCCGGUUCAGAACUUCCCUUCAUUUUUAUGCUCAUCAAUUCCAGUUUUCAUCAUUUUUAGCUACACAUCUACCUCACAUGCACUCGCAGUUCAUUUGUAUACCCAGAACCGGCAAACUGCACCUUCUCCAAGGGAUACGUUCCCCACCUCAUCCUUAAAAAGAGAAAACCCUUUAGGCUCCUCUGCUUUUGGGAAGGGGGAGAGAGAGAAAGAAGAAAAAUGUUGGUUUGAAUGGAAAAAAAAAGAAAGACCCCUGUGUUGCUGCUAAUUAAUACAGUUUAUGUUCAAUGUACUCGUUUUUGCUUUGCUUUUCUAAUUUUCCUUGUAAAAUGUAUUAGUUUAUUUAAAAAAAUGAAGCAGAAAUGGUUUUGUCUAGAGAAGCAUUUUUUUGUGGCUCUGUUGAGAGAACCCAACUGGGCAAUAGUUGACAAGACCAUGAAGUUGCUUCCCUCUUCCUCCCCUUGCUUUUUUGCCCCAACUGUCUCUUGAGCUCCAGGCUCUCCUGGGGGCUCCACUGCUCGCACCAGAGGAGAUCAAGGGAGAUUCCAGAAUGACAGCGGUCCCAUCAGAGUUUUUGUUUUAUAACGGAGAAUGGUGGUUAAUGUUUUCUUGCAAAAGCAAGACAUUACCCAAUUUGGGAAGUAUCAAAGCAAAGAAGAGGCUGCUGUCUUCCUAAGAGUUUUACUGUAGCCGGGUACAGUAUUUAUUCACAAGGGUUUGGUUUCAACAACAGAAAGAGAAUCGUUGCCCUAAGAUACGCCACGCUUUCUAACUCACCAACACCUGUUUCUCCUGUAAAAAACCACCAGGAGGUAGAAUGCAGGCAACAAAACCAGCCAGGCCCUGUUAACAAAAUUAGCAGACAGACUUACUUUUGAGCAAGGACUUUCAUCAUCCGUAAAAAUUGUAUAAGGUGAUGUAUGAAUAGUAUGGCUUUGGGGAUGAUAAGAAGGUGGGGGGGGGAGGGUAAGGAUAUAUUUAGUGCUACUAUACUGUUAAAACUUUUCCAAAGAUCAAACUCUGGUUCCUUGUAAAGAUGAUGUUAUGUGGAUCCUUGGUUUGGCCCAGGAUGGCUGAACUAGAGCCCACCAAAAAAAAAAAAAAAAAAGAGGAUGACAUGGUAGCCCGUGUAACCUGGGAAGCCCUGUCCCCAAGAAAUGGUCAGCUUUUCCCCCCCCCCCCCCCAAAGCAAGCAUGCAAGACAGCACACUCGGAGAGGAUGGGCUUCAGCCAUUCCAAAUCUACUUGUAGUUAACCAGAAGUUGUUAACCCGGCCAAUUAUAUUCCAGGACUCUCGGUGCUAUGAUUUCCUGCUUCCAUUUUUGCUGCGUUUGGGUCUUCUAGAAACGGCCCCCAACAGAACAGUGAGCAGCUGUCUCUGGGAUGGGCCAAAGGUAGGGCAGAAGAGGCGAUGUUUCCCCCCCCCCCUUUUUUUUUUUUCUCUUCCAACCUUACCAUGCGGGUGAUGAUUUAAAACUGUUGUGACUUAAAAAAAGAAAAGUAAUGAAAUCAGAACAGCCCCCCCCCCUCACUUUUUGACUUGCUGUGGAAUAAAUGUGUAUGGUUGCGGACUAUUUCGUGUUCUUCCAUAGUCUUCCCAUCCCCUAGCAGGAAGGGCCUGUGCGGAUGAGCUUAAAACUAGGAUCUCUUGAUUCAAUGCAACAAGGUUCAACCUAACUUGUCUUGAACAAAUCUCCAGCUUGUCUGCACUUUCCUCUGGAGCAAUAUGCCCUUAACCUGGGGGUUGUGAUGGUUGCACUGAUGCCUUGCCCUAUAGCAAAUUGCCCUUAAAACGAAUAGCAAUAGGCAUCCACACCCUACGCAACGUCCUUCUCAUGCUGGAUCAUCGGUAUAACAAAGCUACAGGCUAUAUUUCAUGUGCUUCAGUGUAUUUGUGUUUUUUCAUGACUUGGGAACAAGUUAGCUAAAUGUUUGCUUUAAGAAAAAAAAAACAUGUCAUGGAUGUAAAAAUGUAUUUUGUUAAAACACAUUUGGCAGUCAACCCAACUGAGGAUGGAACCUCGUUUGCCUUUAUCCCAUUUCUUACUCAAGACCUUCAGAACUCCCAUUUUGAAGGUACUGGAAUUCUUAAAGGCUUCCAUUUGCCACAAACCCGAGGAAAGUUCCUGCCCAUUUCUCCAUUCAUUGUACUGACUAGUUUUAUUUAUAUACUUAGGGACUAUUUGUACAGGUUUUUUUAAUUGAAAAGUUUCUAUUGUUUUGUAUCCUCCAUGCUACAUACCGCCAGGCCUGUUUCUCUUUCUCUCUCUCUCUCUCUCUCUCUCUUUCUCAACCCUGUACAAUUGCCCCUCUGUGGAGCUCUGACUGGUCUCAUUUUGAACAAAUUUUUGUUUUGAAAUAAAAGAUGGAAAAAAAAAAGUG